AUAGGUUUUUCCUAAUAACAUCAUAUUUACGUUUUGAUAUACAAGCAUUUUCAUGUUUUUUCAAUAUAGGGGACAUUCUUCGUUAAACUAUAGAUUUCACUGGACUAGUAAAUACAGUAUGUGAAUAUUUCAAAGGAAAAGUAUAAAGUCAUUAAAGAUGAACGAAAACCAGAAUAAACAAUUACGAGAAAACCGUGUGAAGAUAGUGAGUGACCUUGAACCAAAAGGAAAAGUUCUUGAUACAUUGUAUGAAGAUGGAGUUCUUACUGAAAAUGACAUUGAGCUUGUGUCGUCUGCUAAGACAAGGAAAGAACGUUGUCAUUUGCUUCUAUCUAUUCUACCAACAAGAGGACCAGUUGCUUAUGGGUCAUUCAAGAAAGCACUAGAAGUUGGACAGUACGAAUUUCUAGCCGACCAAUUAUGCAGUGAAUGCAACGAGAUUCACCAAAAUACAGACGUCAAAACUGACAGUGACCUUUCCAGUCAGAGACGGACUGAUACCAAAGCAUGUCAGAGAUGUUGGACAUUUCUUCAAAAGGUAUAUAAUGAAAGAACAGAUAUAAACAGAAGUCUGCUCAGAAUAAUGACGAUGCAUUGUUGUCUCUUGCUGGAUAAUAUCGAAUCUUCUGACGUGAUCGAUCAACUGUUCAAAGAUCACGUGAUUACAGCAGACGAUAUUGGCGAUAUAGUAGCCGAUAACACGCGGAGAUGUCGGUGUGAAACGCUGUUCAAAAUUUUACUAAGUGUACAAGGUACCAGCGUGGUAGAAAGCUUGAAACUGUCACUAAUGAAGAAAUAUUCCUACAUUGUGGACAAAAUAGAAAAUGGUACCGAUGAUAAUCAACCAAUGACACAAUCCUCCAGAAGUCAAACCGCUCCGAACAUUAGAAAACAAAAAAGCAAUGCUGAUGUCGUGAGUGAUGCACAAGCUUCAUUAAAAGCAACACCGCUUGUUGAAAAAACAGUACGGAAUUCUGCGGACAACAUUAAAGGGACAGUAAAUGUUACGUCUGAUAUUCAACUUUGUGGGAAAGCAGACCCUUGUGUAAAUAAUAGUAGAAAUGGGGGAAAAGAAUAUUCAAAUACGCUUAUUGAUUCCAACAUCCAUGCUAAUGAUAAAUACAUGACUGAUCUUAAAAUAACAGCAGAUAUUAAUGAUGAUACAGUUGUAAAAAGUGAAGUAAUCAAUCAUAGAUACGAAAUACAGUGGAGCGAUAGAACUAACACUGUAGAUGGCACUUUUGCCGUUGCAUCCGGAGGACAACGUCUUUUUGACACUACAAACUCUUCCUGUAAAAAAGACAAUUUGAAUGAAAGUUCUUUAAACAUGUCGUUUGAAAUCCCUGCAUCGUCCAGUUUUCAUUCUCCUGUUGCGGUUGCAACAAAAAUCCAAGCGGAAGAAAAAACUAAAUUUCGAAACUCGAAAUCUGUCUAUAGGAAAAGAAAACACAAGAAAAGACCGCUGGCGAAAGAUAUUCCAAAGUUGAUGGACGUUUCGCACAAAGAACAUGAUAGUAAAACAAAUGGUCGAGGGGAGAUAGUACCGAAACAGAUUACAACUAUUCAUAGCCAAAAGCUAAGCACACGACUGACCAUGGCGUUCAACUACUUGAGCACGCUAAUAAAUCAGGGAGAGUUUUCAAAAUUCGAAGAAACAUCUGACAAGCUUCAAUCCCGAUUUCCUAGUAACUAUGACCUCAUGUGCAUAAUUGGUUACCUCCAGAUAAGCAGGGAUUUGUUUCAAACAAAUUUUGAUUCUGCAAAAUCUCGUAUCGAUUCCACAAUGGCUCUCGUACCUAAAACGACUAACCCUCGCUACUUCAUGCUCGAACUUUUCACAGCAAAAACACGAAAGUAUAUCACCCGGAAGAAGUUUGAAAAGUUUCAAACCACUCUAGACGAAGCUUUGAUGAUUCUUGAAACUGACCCUGUUGGAUGCACUGGAAGAGCAGCCGGCUGGCUGUACGUCAACGAUGCUCGAAACAAAACUACUCAACUCUCAUGUCUAAAUCUACGGAGUCCAAACGCUUGUCAGGUCUACGAGCAUCUGUUUAAAAGCGCAAAAACAAGCUUCCAGAGGUCAAUGGCGAAUUUUAAAAGAGACGGCGGGAAGGAUGGACCAUUUGGUUUCGGAUACGCUCUGUGUCGAUUAGCAAUACUAUUGCUGCGUUGUGGAGACAAUGGACUUACGAUGAACUCUCUAACCCCACCCGCAGACGACAUUCAUACGGCCGGUCAGUACCUGAAUCAUUUGGAAGACUCGGAUAUUGCAAUCUCAAGAAUUCUUGAUAUGCAUUUUCGUUUAGCUAAAUGCGAUUAUCAGUUUAGACGGGGAAAUUUCGUGCGCGCCCUUGAGCAUGCGCAAGUAGGUCAUGACCUUACGACUGAGCUGAGACUUUUUGAGUUCAAAGAGCAUGCGUACAACAGAGUGUCUUUCUUGAAAUCCAAAUCACAACUACAUUGUGUAGUCGACGAACUGUCGGAGGAAGAGGCACAAAGAAUUUUGUUUGAAGAACCAUCCAGCAGUGAAUGUGAUACUCAAAAUGACAUUUCAGUGUCUUAAAAUGCCUCUUAUCCAUAUAGACCAUUUUACAGAGAGCUAUUUUCUUAGCAAGGGGAAACAAUUUUCGCGCAGGCGCACUCUACGUAGGGCAAAAAGACAUGACCGCACAAUAUAAAUUACGUUAGAGUUAUAUUGUUUUUCAAUCUAUUGGAUCAAUAAUUAGUUUGUGUUAAAUAUAUAGUAAAUAUCCACUGCAAGACAGAGGAAAAUGUAUGUAGAUCUUUGAAAACCCACAGCUGAUAUACUUUUAUUUAUUAUGAGCAUUAUCAUUGAUGAUUUGGAUUAAUAAACUAUUUUAAAGCAAUUUUGAUCUCGACAAAUUUAGGUUAAGAAAAAUAAAAUAAAGUAAUUAUAAAGUUUUUGUUUUAUUUCCUAACAUGAUCUCACAGAACUUUCCACCUGUCGCAACUACCUUACAUGAAACUUGUAAUAUGAUCAAACUCGAAGUUUAA